AUGUCCUCGAAACAGAUUUCACCCCUGUUGCAAACAUGGUAUAAGUGGAAGGCCCUGCGUCUGCCAUGGCGCAAACGCUUCCUCAUAGGCCUGGACCUCCAAGGAAACACAUACUGGGAGUUCCGCGACCUCCGCGGCGACCCAAGCGACCCUCGAACCCGCUGGCGCCGCAUCGUGCAGUACCCGCGCGGCACGCACUAUGGCGAGGUGAAGGUCCCGCCCCAGUGGCACCAGUGGCUGCGGCACACGCGCGAGGCGCCGCCCUCCAUCCAGGAGCAGCACGCCGAGGUCCGCCGCCAGCACCAGAUGAAGUACCUGGCCGCCGAGGCCGACGCCCGCUGGGCCGCCAAGCCGAGCCUGCUCGAGGCCGACGGCGCCGGCGCCCCGGGCCAGCCGGGCGCGGGCCAGCCGGUGCCUGCGCUAGAGAGCUUAGGUGCGCGCGCAGGUGGUGAGGGUGAGGGGCCUAAGCUUGGAGAGGAGACGCGGAGGGAUGCAGUUGCUUCGGGCGAGGAGCAGCAGAAGGCCGCGGCGAGGGAUGCUGAGAAAAAGGACCCUUGGAAGCAGAGCCGGCGUGGUGGCCCGAGUGAGGACUGGCAGCCGCAGGCUUGGUCACCUCCGGCUUCAAAACGAUAG